AUGCUCAGGGAUUGGGGAAGCUCAGUAAAGCUGCUUAGUUCAGAGUCGUCACAGAAGGCAGAUGGCGCCAGAGCUACGCCAUGCCAAUGGCAGAUUUCUAAUGAAAAACCUUAUAUUAAACCUGGAGAAUCCCAGCCAGGACUUCAGCAGACAGAACACCGGAGAAGCAAUGAUGAGAAGAAACAAUAUAAGCACUCACAUAUCACAGAGAAUGAGUUCAUUGUGCUGGUUACCAAUAUGAUUUUAUGUGCCAAAUACAGAGCAGAAUAUGAAGCAGAACAAGAGGACUUAAAGAUCACCGCCUCCUCAAAGGUCAUCCAGUGGGAGAGCAAUAGAGACCAUAGGCUGCCAAGAAGACUUCAAAAAUGUAUUCAUCUCAAAACUGUAUUAUCAUCUCAAGGAAAUUUUUUGGAACCAAGCACAUUACCCAGUAAUACAGUUUAUAAGGUUACAGAUUCUGCGAAUUUGAGUGUGACCCAAAAGUCAGUUAAAAGUCAAAGUAAAAGAAUGUCUUCGGUGAACCAUGCUUUUAACUCUUCAAAAAAAAGUAGAAAGAUUAAUUUGUUAUCAGCUUGUGUUGAGUUUGUUUCUGAAAGGAACGAUGAUGUUAUGUUGAUUUCUGUGGAAAAUCCUAAUUUGACAACUCCAAUUACAUCAGAUCCAACAGAAAUUAGAAAAAAUACAUCAAGAAAUGUCAGCAAUUCCCCUAAUGCCAGGAGUGAAGUUGUGCCUGUAGAGAAAAAACUUGAUUUUAUUAUUGACUUGACAAGAGAAGGCCUGUCCAACUACAGCAUAGAAAGCCCAUCCUUCACCAUGAAGUUAACUUCGAAAGCUGUUUUAAGAUCAAAAGAAAUAAUCCCAGUGGCAGAAAAUGGAAAUGAGGGUUUUGGUUCAUUUGAACACCUUCCACCUCUCCCAGAGCCACCAGCACCACUCCCUGAGAUGGCAGACAAAAUCCAAGACACACUUCCUACCCAAAAGCCUGAGCUGAAAGUGAAGCAAGUCCUGAGGUCCACAAGCAUUGCCCUGACAUGGAACAUUCCCAAGGUCAACCCCAUGUGCGCUCCUGUGGAGAGUUACCACCUCUUCCUGUACUAUGAGGGCUCCAAUCAUUUGACUUGGAAGAAAGUUGCAGAAAUUAAAGCUUUACUAUUCCCAAUGGCCAAUGAUUUCUGUAGUUCCAAAAUGCUUAAGAGACAACUUAGUCUAGGUAUAAAGACUUGGCUCAACAAGUAA